GAGCUUCCCAUCGCUCGUCGCAAAAAGCAUUCGAUAGCCAAAUCUUGAAGACCGCUCAGAACCAAGCCGCUUACCACACACGUAUUCGCUGCCAUGAUCGGAGGAGGAGACAAAAUGCCUACCGUGGGCACCUUAGACAAGCCUGAAAACCUCGACCAGCUCCUGCGCGAGGACCGCGGCGACGAUUGCACAUCGUGCAGGGUCAUUGGAGGCGGCGCAUUCCUCGGUCUCGCGGCGUACAACUACCUCUCCGGCAUGGGCCACGUCGAAAGGCAACGCGCGGAGAUUCUCAAGUCGGGAUCCAGGUUCGGCAUGGGAAGCCGCAAGGUGGGCGUCGCUAGCAUCUCCAUUGGCCUGGCGUACCUUGGCCUGUGGAGGCUGUUCAAAUAGACGACGGACGAACUGAAGGGACGAAAAAGGAAUUGGUAUAAUGAGCAAAAAUCGCAACUCAAACAAUCAGGCCAGGCGCGUCCACGGGAGAUGGCCUCAUGGACAUGAGAGAGCCGAUGCUACCGGCAGAUGAAGCUUGGCACCACUCUGCUGACGGCCUCACACGAGCGGAUGCCAGGCGCCUACGAUGGAAAAUCGCAGCAGAAGCUCGUGAGGGAAGGCGCUGGUCAAGAUAUCUCAGCCACGCUGGCCCUACGGCUGGCACGAAAUAGGUCGCUUGAGAGCGGACUGACGAUCUUGUGAGCCAAAUGCUGUAAGAGGUAACUCAAGCAGACACUAGCUGCACCCAUUGUUAUAACACUGUACAAUACUACCAUGUAAUUAAAUGCGAAAAGUUAAUGAACGAAAAGAAAGUCC